AUGUGGCGGCAUGCUGCGCUGCCCUUCAAGGGCAAGCGCAAGCGCAAGACGUUGGAGCAGAAGCGGGCGGUGGUGCUGGAGCCGGAGGAGCGCAAGAAGGUGUCCCUGAUCAGCCAGCUGAACGCGAUCCGCAACCAGAAGGCGGCGGCGCGGCGGGAGCAGCGGGCGCGGCAGAAGGCGAGCCAGGCCAAGAAGGCAGAGGCGGUGGAGGCGUGGGAGGAGCGCAAGAAGCGGUAUGUGGGGCUGGGCAAGGCGGAGCAGCGGGUGGCCAAGAAGCAGCGGCGCGACGACUGA